GACCAGAGACUGCAGACACAGUACAGGAGAUGACCAAGAGACUGCAGACAGUACAGGGGAUGACCAAGAGACUGCAGACAGUACAGGGGAUGACCAAGAGACUGCAGACAGUACAGGGGAUGACCAGAGACUGCAGACAGCAGUACAGGGGAUGCCCAGAGACUGCAGACAGUACAGGGGAUGCCCAGAGACUGCAGACAGUACAGUCAAUGAUCAGAGACUGCAGACAGUACAGGAGAUGACCAAGAGACUGCAGACAGUACAGGGGAUGACCAAGAGACUGCAGGCAGUACAGGGGAUGACCAAGAGACUGCAGACAGUACAGGGGAUGACCAGAGACUGCAGACAGUACAGGGGAUGACCAGAGACUGCAGACAGUACAGGCGAUGACCAGAGACUGCAGACAGUACAGGAGAUGAUCAAGAGACUGCAGACAGUACAGGGGAUGACCAAGAGACUGCAGACAGUACAGG